ACAGGAGAUGGCUUCCUUGGUUCCUCAGCCAGAACCUCAGCGGUGUUAUGAAUGGAUGAAAAUCAUGUUCUUACCCAAACCCGACGGAGAACUGACUCAAGUCGAAUUCUGGAACUUGUACAAGGACACUUUCCUGCCUCAGCAGAGCCCCGUUCCACUACUUGUCGCAUCGGAGGUGAUCAAGAACGUCAGCAUGGUCUUCCCGACCGCUCAAGCGAUGGUUCUGAAUGUCGACGGGCAACAAAAGUUCGUCGUUCGAGGCGUCGACCGUCGCAAGACGGACCGCUUCCAGUGCAUGUGGCGAGAAUCCUGCUCGCAUCCUGUCUUUGAAUCCCCCGGCCUCUUGUUUGAUCAUUUGAUCGAGCACCUCGACGCGAUGACAGAGCCGGAGGGCCCUUGUCUUUGGUCCACGUGUCAACAGCCCAGUCUACCCAAAGCAGCACUUCGGUCACAUAUCCUCACGCACCUUGCUGGUACAGAAACACCUGUGAUGCCCCCGUCCCAGAGCGACCAAGUCACGCUGUCUUCGGCUGGAUUCCCCCACCCAACACCAGACCCGACGACCCGGCCCGUUCCUCCGCCCCCAAAUACCAAGAUCGAGUACCAGCAAGCGACCAUCGACCCACCCCACACUUCCUUGACCGCGUUGCUCUGCAUCAGAAUCCUGUUCCGCGUGUCUUUCGUCAGCUCGGAAGAAGCCCCCAGAGCAGACGCAGACCAUUUUGGCUUUCCGGGUGUGGUGGAUGACGACGCAGACCUACAGUCUGCAGUCGAGAUGUCGCCAGACAUGGAGCUGAAAGGGGAGGCCCGGGGUAGAAAAGCUUUCUUUGGCGUCUGCAAUCUCAUGGAGAGAGUCAAGAUCAAGCACGAAGUCUUGUCUGGAUGGAUUCAAGAGAUGUUGGAAGAUUCCAUCGCUGACCCCUGAGUGUCUUCGUUUGACAUUGACAGGUGGCUGUUCGAUCGGCGUUCACUGCUACAGCAUCGGCGCACUUGACUGAGUAGCAAUGGACCUGGUAGCGUUGAACAGACUGCUUCUUGUUCAUUGAAGCCAUCUGCAUGAGGUAUUUAGUUCUUGCGUGCUGUACUGGGUGCUCUGUUGUAAUUACAAGGGAGAGCAUCUGUUCGUGUU